AUGCUGAAUGCUCAGUCGUCGCGUCUGCGCCGGCACACCUCUUCAACGAUGCUGACUCCCGAACAGAUGCAUGCGCUGGUGAAAAGUCCGCCCCCCCUCCUCUCCGGCCCGUCCACGCGACCCGCAGCAGAGACGGUUGCUGCUGCGGCGAUGGUAGUAAGCAGCCAACCCAAGGCUCGCACUACUACCGAUGCCAACAACAUUGCGGCACCUCACGAAGGUCGCACAAAAUGUGAGCCGACGGAUCGCUCGACGGCGGCCACGGUAACGCAUACCGCGUCCACCUCCGCGCGGAGUACGGACCCUUCGAUGCUGACAGUGCGCAACGGCGCCCUCUACGCACGCAGGCCCAACGACAGCUGCUUCAACGACGACUGGUUCAGGCAGUUUCACAUCAAAGCCGACUCUGCGGCACAGCCGCGGCUCGACGACAGCGAGGAAGCGCUGCUCACCGCACUGGAGAAGGAGACGGCAGUGCGCGAAGCCCGGCUGGAGCGCCGCAGCAGGGAUAUUCGCAAGAAGUUGGCGGAGCCGUCGCGGGACCCGGCUGGCCACAUCUAUCCCCCGCCGCCCCCGGUCACGCAGGCCACCUCUGAAACAGAGAUUCACGAGCGUGCGAUGGCGGCCGAAGAGUUUGCAAAGACCCUAUUGCAGCGUCGCCGGCACGGCGAGGAGCGUGAUCGACGACAGCGGCAGAGGGAGCGGCAUGGCACUUCGCGCUCUCCCCUGAUGCGCCUUGGGACGGUCUCCGACAACAACACCGUCUUCUCCGACACGACCUUCUUGAACACGCAAUGCAGGGACGGUGUGGACGUCAACGACGCGGAGGCGGUCGAGGGCCAUACCAUGUCGCACGCCAGCAGCAGCGGCCGGCUUCUCACGCGGGGCUCCUGCGAGGCCGAGGAGCCCCACGAGGCGAGCGAGAUGUCCAUGGCGAGUCUGGCGCUGGGCCGCAUGUCCCUGCGCUCAUGCAGCGUGAACAAGGUGACGGACAGCGCGCUGGCGAUUAUGGAGAUGCUCGCGAAUCGGCCCGAUGUCGUGCUUCCGUCCCCGGCUGAGACGGCGGUUGUGCGUCGCGGUGACGUGCUGUCCGCAAAGCACAUCCUCAAGCGCGACUUGGAGGAGGCGCUGCGAUCGCGGCAGGGGUCGACCGGCAUGAUCGCUGGAGCGCCGUUCUUCCGCAUCGUGCCAAAGCUGAACAUCGCAGGUGUCGCCCAGGCAAACGCCAGCGCGGUGCGCACGAUUGUGAAUGAGCUGCGCCGCGCGCACGUUGAGGGCCCCAUCGUCUGGGUGAACCUGCGAGAGGAGCCGCUUGUGUACAUCAACGACACCUCCUACAUCGUCCGCGAGCGCGCCGAUCCGCUGACGCCCAUUAUCAUCCCCAACGUGACGGGACUAAGCAUCGAGUGCAUCGAGCGCAAACUCAAGCAGGAGGUGCUGCAGGAGGCGUACGAGAAUGGUGGCAACGUCAGCGUGCACCUUGAGUGCUGUGGCGGCAACAUGGAAGACCAAUGGGUGUGCGCCAGCCGCAGCGAGGUGCUGACGCUGGCUGAGGUUUUCCAUCGCGUGGAGAAGGAGACGGACCACCAAGUCAUGUACUUCCGCCGACCCAUCACGCAGAAUAUUGGGCCUCAGCCCGAAGAUUUCGACUUUGUGCUGGAUGCGUGCCUCGAGGAGCCGAAGGCAGUGUUCGUCUUCAGUUGCCAGUCCGGUCGCGGCCGCACGAGCUCGAUGAUGCAGAUAGCCAACAUCGUCCGCUUUUAUCAACUUUGCGUGAAGGAUGUGACGGCCGAUAUGCGUGUGCUGCGCGAGAAGGUGAACGGGCCGUCGUACCGCACCAUUCAGAAGCUGGUGUCGCUCUUUCCCGACGGCAAACUGCACGAGCGUCGCCUCAUGAUCCUGAUGGAGCUUGCCGACAAGGUGUACUCCAUGGCGGACCACAUCAACGAGGCUUUCUCUGGCAUGAACGACGCCCCGGAGGUGGCGAAGAUGCGGCUGCAGGUGUACGCGCUCUUUCUGGUCUUCUCCUACUACUGUGAGCAGCGACUGUGGAACUACUCGACGCGCUUGUCGUUUACGCAGUGGCUGAACGAGAACUCCGAGAUGAAGCUUCUCAUCGGCAGCGUGCGCGAGAAGCUUGAUGACCAGCUCAAGCUGGAGCGGGUGUUCUCCCUGUCCUCGGGCGGCCCCGAGGCCGACGCGCUGCGUGCCAUCCGCCACCGCCGCGGUAACGUGCUGAGCACCGGCCGCAUCCUGCUCAGCCUCCCAAUGAGCAACCAUUCACGCCACGAGAUUAUGGCGCUGCGCCAGCUCGCGCCAGGGGUGCCGGUGCUGACAUGCGGCCGUGUCGGUGAGGUGGCGCGCGACCAGCUUGUGUGCGACAUCCGUGACACGUUCCCGCACGUGCGCUCCAUCCAUUGGAUCAGCCUGCGCGCCGAGCCGAUGGUGCUGAUCAACGAGGUGCCCUACACGCUCUCCGACUACGAUGCCGCACACGGCUCGGCCGAGCAUGGUGCGACGAUGCACGUGUCUGUGCAGGCGAUGGAGCAGAUCGAGGAUCGUCUGCGGCGUGACGUGCUGCUGGAGGCGCAGGACAACGGCGGCUUCAUCAUCCUGCACCGUUUGACGACGGCGGGCGAGCGGGAGGUGCUGCGCGUCAAGGUCGUCUCGGCGCGCACCCCACGCAGCACGAUGGAGGAGUUUGUGGAGGCAACGGGCGUGUGCUACUCCCGCAUUCCGAUGCCUUUCUCCGGGGAGCUGCUGGCGAGUGACAUCGACCCCCUCCUUCACUACCUGGCCAAGGCGGACAUCAACCAGCACGAUGCCAUCGUCAUCAACGAUUCGGCCGGCACAACGCGCACUACUGUGGCACUGAACAUCCUGACGCUGUUCCGCGCCAGUCGACUUGAAAAUCUUCGCUCGCUGCAGACGACCGAGGAGGUGGCGACGCUGCUGCGCGUCGGGGCCACAGAUCGGCUCGUCGGCAACGCUCAGGUAGCCGCCAGGGCGGAAGUGCCUUCGGAAGAGAUCCCCGAGCACCACGUGGAGCUGCUCCUCGCCUCGACCAUCUGCCAAAUGCUGACAGCCGGUAGGCUCCUUCGCACGGUGGACGCCGUCAUCGCUCUCGGUGGCCGCGGCCGGUGCUGGAAUAUCUUGCACGCGCUGGACUUUCUCAAGAAGCGCAUUGGCGUGCUCGGCAACAACAAGUCCCAGUGCAUCGUGGAUGCCCUGCAUGGCCUGCGUUGUUACCUGCUUGUGCUGCUCUCAUGCCUGUACCUGGAUGCGCAGAAGGGGGAGGGCUUCACGAUCGGGGAGCUGCUCUUCAGCGACUGGGUCACCGCCCACGCAGAGGUAUCGAACAUUGUCGAACACCUCGAGGACCGCGGCGAGGCGGCGCUCGAGUACGUGGCGGCUGACAACCUCAUGAAGGCCGACCUUUCGCGGCGCUCUGGUAACGUGCUAACGGCCAACUUCUGUCUAAAGGCCGACCACUUUCCCGGCUGCCAGAAGAAGGGGCUGCGGCCGGCGCUGUGCGGCGCACCAAACUUCCGAAAGGUGGAUUUUCUGAACGUCUACGGUGUCGCCAUCCCGACUCUCAAGGGCAUCCACAACGUGCUCUCGCUGCUGGGCGCCUCCAGCGAGCCUCUGCAAGUAUACCCAGGGCAGAGCAACGACUCCGAGCCGUACAUCGGCUUUGCGGCGCAGCGGCUCUUCGAGCCAGCCUUCAAGCCCGAGGAGCUGCAGCACCCACUGCGCGGCUCUGUGGUGUGGGUGAACUUGCGGGAGGAGCCCAUCCUGUACGUGGGCGACCGGCCCUUCGUCUUCCGCGACUUGGCGGCCCCGUACGUGAAUGUGGUGCUGACCGGCAUCCAGACCGAAAAGGUCGAGCUGGUGGAGUACGAGCUGAAGCGUGACGUGCUCACGGAGGCGGCACAGUACGAUGGCAAGUUCCUCGUCCACGAUGAAGGAAACCCGGGCGAGCUCGUCGGCGUGUGGGAGUCGGCGAACGAGGAUACUGUGAAGACUCUGCGCGAGGUCUACGAUGAGCUGGUGGUGAAGCAGUUCCGCUGCCAAAUGCUGCGACUCCCGGUGACGGACGAGCAAAGCCCGGAGAUUCGCGACUUCGACCUUCUCGUCAAUGCCCUCCUCCCGCGUAUUGCGAAGCACCUUGACCGCCGCGAGACGCUGUCGUUCGUUUUUAACUGCCAGAUGGGCCGUGGCCGCACCACGACGGGCAUGGUGAUCUGCUGUCUCCUCAUCGGCCUCGUAAUACCGGAGUACUACGACGAGCUGCACAGCGCUUACCGCGACUCCCUCUACGCAGACACAGAGUCGCAUCUCGGCCGUGGAGAGUACUCCGUCAUUGUGCAGCUGAAGCGCGUACUGGCGCAGGGCCGCACCGCCAAGUACCAGGUCGAUCUCGUGCUUGAGGCGUGCUCGAAGAUGCAGAACUUGCGCACAGCCAUCGAAGCCUUUGCUAUCGCGGUGUCGUCGCCAGACACAAUCGAGUCGGGUCGUGCUCGCGCGCACCACGCUGGUGUGCAUUACCUGAAGCGCUACUUCAACCUCAUCGUCUUUGCCGUGUACCUGCAGGAAGAGUAUGACCGCAUAUCGAAGUGUAUGCGGCACUCCUUCAAGGACUGGAUGGCGACCCACCCGGAGAUUUUCACGCUGUUCGAUUCGUGCGUUCUCAAGUAA